AUGGCAUUUACAAUGGCUUGUCAUGCGUUUAGAAUUUCUCAAACGGCGAUUAUUUUGACUUUAAUUAUUGCAAUUUAUUUUGCAAAUGCAGAAGAAAGUACUAAAGAUAGAAUUCAGAAACAUAGAGCAUGGUUAAAUCAAAGGACCGUUGAGAGGCAACUUAUGGGCUAUGUAGAAACUAAUGAUCCAUAUCAAAAAAUUAAAUACUUUAAGAAAUUGAUAAAAUUCAAAAACAAAAAUGAAACAGAAAAUGAAGUUUUUUUUGUUCCUCAAUCUGAAACUGGAAAAAUUAAUACGAAUAUUCCAGAAAACAAAAUUGUCAGUUCAGCAUCAAACGAUUCAGGAAGUAAAUUUUCUUACGACAUAAUUAAAAACAAUGGAGAAACACAUAUAAAAUUAAACAACAAUGAAACAUAUUUGCAAGAAAAUGCUUCUAAUGAAUUUACGGAGCAUGAUAUAAGCAUCGUUAAUGAAACCAUUAAAAAACAAAAAUAUAAUGAUAUAAAUUCAAGAACAAAUACAAAUCUUAUCGAAAAAGAACAAGUCGUUAAUAAAAAAGUUGAUGUUGACAUAAAUAAUAAUGGUAACAAACCUAAUAGAAAGAAUUCACUUAAGAUUUCUGAGAAGCAUUUGAACAAUUCAAAUAAUGAUUUUGAAAUACAAAAAUUCUUAAACGAGCAUGUAAAAUACAAUUCAAAUAAUACGACAAUUCAUAAAACAUGGUCGAAAUGGAGUUCUUGGAGUGCUUGCAGUAGAACAUGUGAUGAUGGAAUUAAAUCACAAUCACGGGAAUGUGUACUUAAAACAUAUCAAGGAGGCAAAAAAAAUAAUACAACAGUCAUUCAUUUGAAUGAAUGCAUUGGAUUAUACAAACGAUAUCGUAUUUGUAAUGAAAAGAAAUGCUCACACGUGCUUGAUUUUCGAAAACAACAAUGUAGUGAGUUUAACAAUCAAUCAUACAGAGGAAAACAUUACGAGUGGGAACCAUAUGUAAAAGAUGGAGCUGAGUGUGAAUUAAAUUGUAAACCUUUCAAUCAAAAAUAUUAUGCACGGUUAAAAGAACGUGUAAUUGAUGGAACAGAAUGUAACAUACUACAGUUUGAUCAAAAUAAGCUAGAAAAUUAUGAUAAAGCUGUGUGCAUUGAAGGAUUAUGUAAGGUUGUUUUUAAAAAUGGAGUAAUUCUUGGAUCAAGCAUUAAUACUGGAAAUGUGCGCUGUGGCAACAAUAUCUGUAGACCUGUGUCUCAAAUAUAUAGUAAAAACCCUCUUCCAAAUGGAUACAAUCAUAUCGCUACAAUACCAGCAACAGCUUCAAAUAUCACAAUUUUAGAAUUAGAGGAUAGUAUUAAUUUACUAGCUUUGAAGUCAACAGAGGCAAAGUUCAUAAUAAAUGGCAACUACACGUCAUCCCCGAUUGGAACUUAUAAAAUAGGUGGAGCAAAGUUCGAAUAUUUUAGACUUGAUGAAAAAAAUAAACUAGUGGGGAGUGAUUUAAGAAACGAUAGUGUGACAGAAUGGUUAACAAGCUCCGGUCCUCUUUAUGAACCAGUGCAUUUACUAAUGUUAUCACAGCAAAAGAAUACUGGUGUAAAAUAUGAGUAUUUGUUACCUAUUAAUCUUGCCAUAUCAGAAGAAUCUGAUUCGGAUUAUUCGGAAGAAAAUUUAGCUAUGAAUUCAAAAUUGAAAGCUGUAAAUAGACAAUCAAACGAUUUAAAAGUUAAUACUCGCAAGAAGAGAAAAUUUUUUUGGAAAAUUAUUGGCUUUACGGAAUGCAAUAAAUCUUGCGGCGGAGGGGUUCAGCAUCCACUAAUUCGUUGUGUUAAAGGCGAUGAUAAUAAUUUGAAAAUAUAUUCAAAGAAAAAAUGUGCACAUUUGAAAGCUCUAACACCAAAUGAAAAUUCAAUAAAGUGCAAUAAUCAUCCAUGUCCUGCAUUUUGGAAAAUAUCAAAUUGGAGUAACUGUAAAUGCGAAGAUUUUAACAAAUCUGUUAAAUCACGAGAAGUGAAAUGUGUACAAGAAUUGAUUUCAGGAGUUGUAAUUCAAGUAAAUGCUGGUGCUUGCAGUGAAGAACGUCCACAAAGCACUUUAUCCUGUGAGUGUAAAAGUUUUCAAGGCAAAACAGAAAACCCCAAAGCAAUCCAAAAUUCUUCAAUACUACAACAAAAUACACAAAACGACCAAAAUAUUAUUAAUAACCGAAAUAACAAAUUAAAAAUGCCUAAAUCAAAAAAAUCUGGAAUGUGGCUUAUAUCUGAUUGGAGUGAAGAGUGUUUAGGCGAAUGUGAUCAUAUGGGGCAACAAUUUAGGACCAUUUUCUGCGACAGAAGUACACCAAACAUGGAAAGAUGUGAUAUUCGUUUAACUCCAAAUAUUUACAGAGAAUGUGUUAAUAACGCACCAGAGUGUAUCGAAGGAUCGUGGUUUGUAGGUCCUUGGUCUAAAUGUAUUGGAGAUUGCUGGAACGCAUCAAGAUCCCGAACUGUAAUUUGCAUUAAAAUUGAUGGUUUUGCGGAAGAGAAUGAAUGCAACUUAAGCACUAAGCCACCAACUUUUGAAGAUUGUAAAAUCGAAGAAUUAAAAGAUUGUAGAGCAAAAUGGCACUAUUCAGAAUGGACAGAAUGCUCUAAAUCUUGCGGAAAUGGUAUGCAGAAAAGAACAGUCAAGUGUUUGGAAGUUGAUAAAAAAGAUAUGACUUUACGUGAAUCAAACAGUUGUAAAUAUUUGGAACGACCUACAUCUAUGAGAUACUGUAACACUCACAAUUGUUCAGAAAUUACAACACGUAAUCCACGUGUCGAUAUGAUUCAAAAUGAUGAUCCACAAUGCAAAGACAAGCUUUCGAAUUGUUUUGUAGUUUUACAAAAAACAAAUCUAUGUGCAUAUCAAUAUUACAGUGAAAACUGCUGUCAAUCUUGCAAUUCUAAUUAA